AUGUUCUCCAAGACCAUCAUCCUCGCUCUCUUCGCCUCUUCGGCCGCCUUCGCCGCCUCCAUCCAGCAGAGGCAGCUCAACCCCAGUGUUCAGCUCUGCUCCAACAAGGACUUCAACGACUGCGACAAUAAAGCAGAGGCUUCCGGAAGACUGAACGACAAGGUCAGCUCGCUCAAGGCAAACGGCCACAACUGCAUCUUUUACAAGUAA